GGUAUUCUUCAUCUGAUAACAUCGUUUAUUUAUAAACUUUGGUUCCCUUUCGAUUCAAAUCUUAUGAGUGUGUCCUGGGGGGCCCAAUGUCCUUGGAAUGUGAUUCUUCAAUGAAGAUCUAGUGAAGCAGGAUAGAUAACGGUAAAAGUGAAACAUUAUUUUGAGAUGUGGAUGAAAUACCUUGUGUUUUUAUCGUUAUUUCACGAUUUUUCACCUCAAGUUGAAUGUGCGAAGAUUCUAGGCGUAUUUCAUAUGUGCGGCCCUAGUCAUUAUUUAGCUGGAAGUAGUUUGAUGAGAAUAUUGUCAGAAAAUGGACACGAUGUGACGAUAGUUGCAGCAUUCUCUGAGAAAAACCCACCGCCAAACUAUAAGCAAGUUGUUUUGACUGGACAAAACGAAAAAUUGAGAGCUUUCAGGCCAAAUUUCUUCGAUAAAACCUUCACCACCUUCGACAGACCAUUCGAUUUCAACAAAAUGAGCAUUUCUCUCAUAGAAGACAUGUUCAAUCACACGGAAUUCCGUAAAUUCAUGGGUUCGAACCAAACCUUCGACGUUGUAAUCGUUGAAGAAUUUCAAUCGGAAGCUGUAAAAUAUCUCGCGCAUCAUUUCAAAGCCCCCUUGAUAAUUUACUCGUCGAUGGAUACGAACGAGUGGACCAACCCUUAUCUGGGCAAUCCGGAUUCUCCAGCUUACAUACCAAACGUUUUCCACAAGUUCUCCUGCCAAAUGUCGUUUUUCGAACGAGUCCACAACACCUUCUAUUACGUUUACAGCAAUUUGGUCAGGGUUUUGAUCAAUAUCCCGAUGCAUAAUAGACUGGUCCAAAAGUAUUUCCCUGGGGCACCCGACAUCGACGACAUUAUUUACAACGUGUCUUUAGCACUAUUGAAUUCCGAUGUCAGCAUUCACACUCCAGUACCUAAGGUACCAAGUAUGGUCAACAUAGGGGGUUUCCACUUAAAGGAACCAAAACCACUUCCAGAAGACCUCCAGACUAUCUUAAAUGAUACAAAGGAUGGCAUCAUAUACUUCAGCUUGGGAUCCACCUUGAAAAGUUCCAUGAUGCCGAAGGAAAAGUUGGAAUUAUUAUUCAGGGUUUUCUCAGGAUUGAAGGAAACAGUUUUGUGGAAAUAUGAAGAGGAUAACUUGACAGGAAAACCUCCAAACGUCAUCACGAGGAAAUGGUUUCCUCAGAGUGAUAUUUUGGCACACAAAAAUGUGAAACUGUUCAUCAAUCAUGGUGGUAUUUUUGGUAUUAUGGAAGCAAUAUAUCACGGAAUACCCAUGCUAUCAUUUCCUGUAUUUGCUGAACAGAAUAUGAAUUCUAUUCGAGCUGCAACAGAUGGGUAUGGAAUGUUUAUACCUUUCAAUGAAUUAACCGAGGAGAAAUUAGUAGUUUACUUGAGGGAAAUGCUAGAAAAUCCAAGAUACAAAGAAAACGCAAUGAAAAGGUCCAAAAUUAUGAGAGACAAGCCCAUUUCUCCGAAAGACGCUGUUAAUUUCUGGGUGGAUUAUGUUAUCAGACAUAAGGGUGCGCCACACUUGAGAGUGGCAUCUUUGGAUCUGGAGUGGUAUCAGUAUUUACUUCUCGAUGUUGUGUCAUUUCUCUUGAUAUUGUCUGUGAUAUUCGCGUAUGUUUGCAAGUUUAUAAUAAAAUCUAUCCUCAUGAAUGUAAUGAAGAGAAAAAAGAAAAUCCAUUGAAAAUAUUUCUAAAUUAU